UGAAAUGAGAUAGACACGCGAUUAGUUGUCGGUUGAGAAAAGGAAGAUAAGAGAAAAAGAGAAAUUCAGCUGCAGAGAACUGAUUGUAGGUUUGUUCUUUGUACCUGCUCUGUCUUGCACUUCUCGAAAUGAAAUAGAAAAUAUAAAUAAUAUAAUUAGACGAAGAGAAGAAGAAAGUUGAAGAGUACAAAGGUUUCAGCUACAAAGUGGGUGUAUUAAUAAACAAACAUCGUGAGGAGUGAUUGAUGUCAAACCCUAUACAAAUCCCAGUAGAGUGAAAUGACGGUGGAGCUUUUGUAAGAACGAUUAGAAUUUAUUGAUUGCUGUUACACGUAGCAAUCGUCACGUCUUCAUCGAUCGUGAAAACGCGUGUCGUGUAUCGCGAUAAGGUUAUCGAAGGCGAAAGGUGAUAACGCUCGACGAUCGUGCGCAUCCGAAGAAACUAAUCCUAUAGCUUGGUCGUCGUUUACGGCCACGUUUUCCAUAAAGAAUGACAGUUGAAUUGAAGAAGUUUCUUUACGGACUGCUGACCGACGUAGAAGGUUUGCACAGCAUAUUAAUUACGGACAGGGACGGAGUGCCUGUUAUAUCCGUAGCUAACGAAAAGGCACCAGAGUUAGCUACGAGAGCCAGUUUUUUAUCCACUUUCGGAAUGGCUACGGAUCAGGGAAGUAAACUGGGACUUGGCAAAAAUAAAACCGUUAUAUGCAUGUACAGUAAUUACCAGGUAAUCCAGAUGAAUAAGUUGCCAUUGGUUGUUAGUUUUAUCGCUAGUCACAGUUGCAACACUGGCCAUGUAUUGUCGCUGGAGAACAAGAUUGACCCCAUUUUAAGUAGUUUAAAAAAUGCAGUGGUGGAAGCCUGAUGGUUACUCGUUGUUCAUUAUGGGUGAUAAAUGCUGAACACUUCAGAAUCUGUGAAUUGUUGCAAAUACUGCAUAAACAGUGUCUCUUUUUUUUAUUUUUUUUAAGAAUGACGUUUUCACGUUUUUACGUGCUUGCAUUUGUUCAUAAUGUUGCAAGUGUGCUUUGAAAAGUAAUUAUUAUAUAAUAUUCUGAUGUAAGAACUUAUUACAGAGAAGGUUUGUUUUUUUUUUAGAAAUUCAGAGAUUUAUACUUAGAGCUAGAAUAUUAUUUAUUUGUUUAAAAGAAUACUACCGUGAUAUCUUUUAUGAGACUUCAAAAAACAUCUAAAUAUACUAACGCCGUUGUACAAUUUUUGAAGAUAUCCUACGUAGCAUUAUUCAUAUAAAACCAUUUCAAUGUAACAAUAAAUAAAUUAAUUGGAUUUGAUAAGCAAGAUUUUCAAAAAUAUGUAGAGAAAAUUCAUUUUAUAUACCAAUAAAAAUGUUUACUUUACACAAAAUACAUACCAGUUUCUAUGAAAUCGUUUCUAUUAAAUCUAUGAGGCAGAACAAUUAUACAGAUGCAUAUACUUUGCUGGAUUAUUUACGGUUUACGCAUAUCAUUAAGAUGCCUGUGUUAGUUGCGUAUGUCAUUAAUGUCGGUCAUCUUUCUGUACAUUAAUCUGAUGGUGCAACUAAUUUUUUUUUCAC